UUUCGCCGUGCAUGUCCGUCUGCCGCGAUCAUCGGUGCAACGGCUGCGCUGCGCAGAUCCGCAUUCGAGAAAAAAAACCGUCAACAACGACGACAACAACAACAUCAACAACAACAACAACAACAACAACAACAACAGCAACUACAGCCAUAACAACGACGGAGCAACGGCAGCAGGCCAAAACACGCGGUGCGUGUACACAAAACGCCACCGCCACCGCCGCCGCCGCCGCCGCCGCCGCCGUCUACGAGCAGCAGCAGCAGCACCAGCAGACCGUCGGCUGUGCCACGCUAUUAUAACUUCGGUACGGCCGUCCACGUUUAGACGUUUAGUGUUGGAACUGCCCCGGUGUGCAAGCGAACAGCAAGGCGGCGGCGCGCUGCGACCCGCGCGCGCACAGACACACGCACACACGCAAGCGCGCGAUCGGCGCACGCACACACACACACACACACACGGCCACGAUAUAUUAUUAUAUCAGUAGUGCUCUAUCGCAAAAAUGACGGGAAGACGAAUUGUAGUAAUGGCCAGACAUGGCGAGAGUGAAUGGUCUAAAAACAAUGUGUUUUGUGGAUGGUACGACUCACAUUUGUCUGAUCGAGGUACGAACGAAGCUCUCGAAUGCGCAGAAUUGUUGAAACAAUCAAAUUAUAAAUUCGACAAAGCUUAUACAUCUCUGUUGACUAGAGCUCAUCAGACUUUAAAGAUAAUCACUGAUCACAUUGGUCAGCCAACUCUGCCAGUAGAGGAAUCAUGGAGGCUAAACGAAAGACAUUACGGAGCUUUGACUGGAUUUAAUAAAGCUGAAUUAGCUGCAGAAUAUGGUGAAAAGCAGGUACAAAUUUGGAGACGAAGUUUUGACGUUCUUCCACCUGUGAUGGACAAGUCACAUGAAUAUUAUAUGUCAAUUUGGUGCCAUCCAAAAAUCGUGGCUCAUUCAUACACUUCAAGCGAAAAAUUUCCAUCUACCGAAUCACUUAAAGAAACGAUGGAGAGAGUUAUACCAUAUUGGGAUAACUUUAUUGUGCCUAAUAUUAAACGAGGACAACGUGUUUUGAUCGUUGCCCAUGGUACGGUUUUGCGAAGUCUUAUCAAGUACUUAGAUGGAGUAUCAGAUAAUGAUAUUUGCUCAAUAAACAUCCCUUCGGGUAUUCCAUUCGUUUACGAAUUUGAUGAUGACAUGAACGUUGUGUCUUCGAAAAAAUUUUUGGGUGAUAAAAAACGAAUAGAAGAAGGAAUAGCAAGAGCUGCGUCAAUCGGUUCUCAUUAAACUGCCAAUUAUGAAAUCGACUUCAGCAAAUGACUAUUUUUAAUCUGAAAUUUCGUCAGAUGUUUGCUAUUUAAUUAUUAUGUUUUAUUUAAUUUUAUAAGUUAAUUUUUAAAUAUAUAAUUAUUGAUAAACUA